UCUAGUACUGAGAACCAGAGACUGUUUUCGGAGAUUUAAGCAGAAGGAGGAGUUCUGUGUUAGAACGGAAAUACACACAUACACAGCCUGCGCGUGCUGCCAGCUGACUCACUCACGUGACUUGGUCAGGCUGAUCAACAUGGCUGUGGCCGAAGGGAAGGCAGUGUACUGGUUGGGGAAGGACACUCUGAGGGUGUCAGCUGCGUUGUUUACAGAGAACCGGCGUCGUCUUUGUGUGGCUCUGAAGGCCAGAGACACGCUGCAGCCCAACUCUGUGGUUGUGCUGCAGGGAGGAGAACAGAAGCAGAGAUACUGCACCGACACGGACGAGCUAUUCCGACAGGAGUCGUUCUUCCACUGGACGUUCGGAGUGAUCGAGGCGGACUGCUAUGGCGCCAUCGACGUCGACUCGGGCAGAUCCAUCCUCUUCGUGCCCAAACUGCCCGAAAGCUACGCCACCUGGAUGGGAAAGAUCCACCCACCUGAACACUUCAAGGAGAAGUACGCGGUGGAUGAAGUGCACUACACAAGUGAUAUCGCCGAGAUCCUGACCAAGACCAAACCCUCCGUCCUGCUCACGCUGCGAGGCUUGAACACCGACAGUGGCAGUAUCUCCCGUGAAGCGUCCUUUGAAGGAAUCAGCCGCUUCCAAGUGAACAACUCGCUCCUGCAUCCCGUCAUGGUGGAAUGUCGUCUGAGUAAGACAGAUAUGGAGUUGGAGGUUCUGCGCUACACAAACCGCAUUUCCAGUGAAGCUCACAAAGAGAUAAUGAAGCACAUCAAGCCCGGCCACAAAGAAUAUGAAAUGGAAAGUCUGUUUCAGCACUACUGCUACACGCGUGGAGGAAUGCGUCACACCUCGUACACCUGCAUCUGUGGAAGCGGCACCAACUCGUCUAUUCUGCACUACGGUCACGCUGGAGCUCCGAACGACAAAACCAUCCAAGAUGGAGACAUGUGUCUGUUCGAUAUGGGUGGAGAAUAUUACUGCUACUCCUCCGACAUCACCUGCUCCUUCCCCGCCAACGGCAAGUUCACUCCUGACCAGAAAGCUGUUUACGAAGCCGUGCUCAAGUCCUCCCGCGCCGUCAUGGCCGCCAUCAAACCAGGUGUGAAAUGGACUGACAUGCACCGCCUGGCUGACCGGGUUCACCUGGAGGAGCUGGUUAAGAUCGGCAUCCUGCGUGGGAACGUGGAGGACAUGCUGAAGGUCCACCUGGGUGCUGUGUUCAUGCCGCACGGACUGGGUCAUCUGCUGGGCAUCGACGUGCACGAUGUUGGAGGAUAUCCUGAGGGAGUGGAGCGUGUUGACGAGCCGGGCCUCAGGAGCCUGCGCAUGGGCCGUGUGGUGCAGGAGCGCAUGGUGCUCACCGUCGAGCCCGGCAUCUACUUCAUCCACCACCUGCUGGAUCAGGCCCUGGCCUCGCCACAGCAGUGCGCCUUCAUCGACGCCGACGUGCUCGCUCGCUUCCGCAACUUCGGAGGGGUGCGUAUCGAGGACGACAUCGCAGUGACGGCGGACGGCGUCGAGCUGCUCACCUGCGUCCCGCGCACCGUCGAAGAGAUCGAGGAAUUCAUGGCGGACAGGAGCGAGAAAUCCUUCAGCGGCCAGAAAGAUUAAACCGUCCUCGUCACGCCCGUCUGAAGAGAUCUUCACAAUCCGGCUCGUUUACGCCUCGGUUAUCUCCUCAUAACGUUCGCUUCUAGAAAAGCAGUGCAUGCGUCAGCUUCUCUCGAACUCCAUUACAAGCCUUUUUUUUUGUAACGAUCCAUUAAUUACAGCUGUUUUUAAUCUGACGAAUCGCCCGUUAACAUCCGUUUCCUCUUCUGAAGCGUUCUCCAGACGUUUUCCAAUCGCCGUGGAAUUACCUAAUUACCAAUUACCUAAGAAGCCUUUGUACAAUUACUCUCUCUUUUCUAAUGUUUGGGAGGAAAUGAUUCUCUGAUCAGGUUGAAUCUGAUGAUGAAGGGCAGAUUUCUAAUUUGCUAAAUUUAUAUCCUGAAAACCUUACACGCUCGUCCUGAACGAUAUCGGAUCAUUAUUUACCUCUGUUCAGUUAUUAUUCUUGUAAGCUCGCAUGUACGCUCGGUCAUGGCAUGAAAAAAUAAAUUUCUCCUGCAUCUUCA